GUGUGAGCACUUGUGGGUUGUGUAAUAUUAUACAGAGUGCUCCAUUCAGGAAGAACAUGGCUGAAAGAGAGCUGUGCCUGCUGGAGAGGACAUUCACCCUGCUGGGGCUGCUGCUGGCAGGUUACGUUCUUCUAAAGCAGCUGGUCAGCGUACUGAGGGGGCUGAAGAACCACAUUGUGUCUGGCUGGUGGAGGACCAGUCUCACCCAGUAUGGGCGCUGGGCAGUGGUAACGGGUGCUACAGAUGGCAUAGGGAAGGCAUAUGCUCGAGAGCUUGCAAAGAGAGGUCUGGACGUUGUGCUCAUCAGCCGUACUUUGGAGAAGCUUAAGAAAGUGGCUGCAGAGAUAGAACAAGAAUCUGGACGCAAGACUCGGGUAAUGCAAGUGGAUUUUACGAAUGGAUCACACAUCUACCAGAAGAUUAAAGAAGAACUGAAUGGACUGGAAAUUGGAAUUCUGGUAAACAAUGUGGGAAUGAAAAUAUCAGAGGAGCCAACCAGAUAUUUGGAUAUUUCUGAUUUAGAUCAGAUGCUGGACAAAACAAUCAACUGCAAUAUCCUGUCAGUAUUAUGGAUGACUCGGACUAUUCUCCCUCAAAUGUUGCAGAGAAAGAAAGGCCUCAUUAUAAAUCUUGCUUCUGAAGUUGGAAAUCGCCCAUAUCCAUUGUCACUUGUAUAUAGCGCCUCAAAAGUCUUUGUGGAUUUCUUUUCUCGUGGUCUACAUGAAGAAUACAAGUCUAAGGGUAUAACAGUGCAGAGUGUGAUGCCAUUGCUUGUCUCAACGGACAUGACCUAUAAAAUAAAGACAAACAUAUUUGUGAAAUCUCCUGAAGAGUUUGCUUCUGAAGCAUUGGACACGGUGGGAUACACUAACAGAACCAGUGGAUGUCUUUCACACUCCCUCCAGAGUUAUGCUAUUGACCUCAUUCCAGACAGCAUUUUUCAUUUUCUGCUGACUGCGGAUUCAGUUGAAAAAAGUUUCAACAGUUUGAAAAAAGACUACAUCAAAAACAAGAAAGAGAAAUGA